AUGCGGUUGUGUAUUGAUUACAGGGAACUAAACCAUGUCACCAUAAAGAAUAAGUACCCCCUCCCGAGAAUUGACGACCUAUUUGAUCAGCUACAGGGAGCAACAGUUUUCUCGAAAAUUGACUUAAGGUCGGGGUAUCAUCAGUUGAGGAUCAGAGAAGUGGAUAUACCCAUUACAACCUUUAGAAGUCGGUAUGGACAUCACGAGUUUCUCGUUAUGUCCUUUGGUCUUACCAAUGUACUAGCGGUUUUCAUAGAACUAAUGAACAAGGUGUUUAAGGAAUUCUUAGUCAGGGGUAGAUCACGAGGAACACCUAAGAAAAGUUCUGACAAUACUGAGAGCCUAGUAGCUAAGGAGCUCAAUAUGAGACAAAGGCGAUGGUUGAAACUGGUAAAGGAUUAUGACAUAGAAAUCCUGUACCAUCCAGGCAAAGCCAACGUUGUAGCUGAUGCAUUGAGCAAGAGGGCUUUGCAUACUUCCGCGAUGAUCACCACGCAGGAAAGACUACAAGAUGAGAUGAAGAGGACUGGGAUAGAUGUGGUGGUCAAAGGUGGUACUGUUCAGAUGGCACAGUUGACCAUACAGUCCACCCUAUGA